AUGGAGCAACAAACAUCGAACAAAACUCAAAUUCCAUCGGGUCAAAUGCACGGAGUUCUCUUACUUAAUUCAAAUGCCAUGGAUUAUUCAUUUGGACCGGAACCAUCGUUGACCAUUCGAACCAUCGGUGGUAUUCUCGAUUUUUUCGUUUUUCUGGGUCCUUCACCUGAACAGGUCAUUCAACAAUAUACAUGGCUUGUUGGUCGAUCAUUUUUGCCACCGUAUUGGGGACUUGGUUUUCAUUUGUCUCGAUUGGAUUAUGGAAAUCUGACACAUAUGCAAAUGGUGAACAAACGAAAUCGAGAUGCAGGCAUUCCACUUGAUGUUCAAUACGCAGAUAUCGAUUAUAUGGACGCAAAAAAAGAUUUUACUAUCGAUCCGAUUAAUUAUCGUGGACUGAAAGAAUUUUUUUCUCAAAUACGUACUGAUGGAAUGAGAACGAUUGUUAUAUUGGAUCCAGGCACAAUCGAUGAUCAGAAGUACUAUGUACCAACCAUCGAAGGUAUUAAAGAAGAUGUUUUUAUUAAAUGGGAAAAUGAAAGAUUAAUGAAAGGUAUUUGUUGGCCCGGAGAACUCUUUAUGCCAGAUUUCUUUACGAAUCGAACUCGAACAUGGUGGUCACGUUGGAUCCAAGACUUUCAUCGUAUUAACUUGACAGUCGAUGGACUUUGGAUCGAUAUGAAUGAACCAGCACUUUUCAAUACAAACGAUGACUUUGCUUGGAAUUGGAAUAUGACCGGCACGAAUUAUACAUUAAAAUGUCCGCAAAACAAGUUGGACGAUCCCCCUUAUCGCACUAAGGCUGCAUUUCGUUAUGAUGAAACGAUGAAUCGUACUGGUCGUCUUUCUGAUCGCACACUGUGCAUGACCGCUCUGCAGGGUGAAAUCGAUCCCAGCACUGGAAAACCCAAAUAUCGCCAUUAUGAUGUACACAGCCUCUAUGGAUGGUCUCAGACGAAACCUACAUUAGAUGCCAUACAGUCAGCUACUGGUAAACGAAGUAUGAUAUUACCUCGAUCGACUUUUGUUGGUUCGGGUCAAUGGGGUGGCCAUUGGCUAGGUGAUAAUGAAGCUUCAUGGCUUGAGAUGAAACAAUCAUUGAUUGGAAUGAUAGAAUUUAAUUGGUUUGGCAUUCCAUUUAAUGGCGCAGAUAUAUGUGGCUUUGAUAAAUCACCUACUGAAGAAAUGUGUAUUCGAUGGAUGCAAGUCGGAGCUUUCUAUCCAUUCUCUCGAAAUCAUAAUAUCUGGAAGACACCUGAUCAAGAUCCUGCUGCUUGGUCGCCGUCAGCUACAGCAAUUAUGGCUUUGGCUCUUCGUAUUCGUUAUACUCUUCUUCCUUACUAUUAUACACUCUUCUACAAAGCUCAUACUCAAGGUUCAACAGUGAUUCGUCCAUUAUUUCAUGAAUAUCCCACAGAUAAAAAUACACUCGAUAUCUUUCUACAAUUUCUCGUCGGACAGCACAUCAUGUUAGCACCAGUAACCGAUGAUGGUUCUCGACGAGUUCAAGCCUAUAUACCUUCGUCGGAUUGGUACGAUUACUAUACAGGUGUUCGAAUGUCGUCUGAAAAGCAAUUUAUCAUAUUAGAUGCACCAUUGAAUAUGAUUCCAAUUUUUCUACGAGGUGGUGCAAUCAUUCCUACUCAAGAGCCAGCAAAUAACACAAAAUACUCUCGGUGA